GCUGAUCAGAGGGAAAUGCAAGUGCCGGGCACUGAUGAUCAGUGCCCUGCUGAUCGGUGCCCAGCAGUGGCACCCGCAAGUUCCGCCCACCUGUGCCCAGCAGUGCGCCCACUAGCUCCGCCCACCUGUGCCCAGCAGUGCCCACCUGUGCCCAGCAGUGCACCCACCUGUGCCCAGCAGUGCACCCACCUGUGCCACUCUGCAGUGUCACACACCUGUGCCCAGAAGUGCCACCUACCUGUGCCCAGCAGUGCCACCCACCUGUGCCCACCCACCUGUGCCCACCAGUGCCACCCACCUGUGCCCACCCACCAGUGCCCCCACCAGUGCCACCCACCAGUGCCACCCACCAGUGCAGCCCAGCAGUGCUGCCAGUCAGUGCCACCAGUCAGUGUCCAGCGGUUGUGCCAGUCAGUGCCGCCAGUCAGUGCCCAGCAGUGAUGCC